CCAAAACCAAAAGUAUCACAUCUAUUAUCUUACAUUAGAUUACGACAAUAACCCAAUGGCUAGACAAUUUCUAUUCGCUUUUUUCAUCAUUGUCAUUUCUCUUCCCGCAGUCACCUUUGCUAGAGAGUUUAUAGUUGGUGAUGCAGCUGGAUGGACAACAACGUACGAUUAUGAAGGUUGGGCCAAAGGAAAAGAAUUUCGGGUUGGAGAUAAACUUGUUUUCAAGUAUACUAUUGGGCUUCACAACUUGUAUCAAGUGAACGAAGAUGCCUACAAGAACUGCAUUAUUCCACAGGAUGGAGAAUUAGCUUCAGGAGAGGAUACAAUUGCUCUUGAAAGCGUAGGGCCAAAAUAUUUCGUUUGUGGUGUAGGGUUGCACUGCGAGAAAGGUGGCCAAAAGCUCUCAAUAAAUGUGAAACAAAGACACACACAAGGGCCAAUCCAAGGUGCAAAAACACCUUCUAAAUCCCCAGUUGUAGCACCUUCUCAAUCUCCAGCUACAAAUGCCUUACCAAAUGCACCACCUUCUCAAUCCUCCGAUACAAAUGGCCCACCAUAUGCACAACCAUCUCAAUUACCGACUACCAAUGACUCAUCGAAUGGGGUGCCUUCUCAAUCUUCAGCCUUUAGUGAUUAUUCAGAUGUUGCGUCUUCUCCAAAGGCUUCUAGUAAAUCAUCAAACGGAUUCAGCAAGACUAGAUAUCACUUACCAAUAGUUAUAGCAGGUGUACUUGUGGCUCUAAUUGUAUGUUAAUUCAAAUUGCAAUGUUCUUUAUCCUUCUUUUAAGUAAUGGGAUUUUAUAAUUGGAA